UCGAAUCAUAUUCGACUUUGUAGAAUUUAGUUCCAUAGUUUUGUAUUCUUCUCACCAAAAACAUACCGCAUUCAUGUACAUGUCAUCUCAACGUUUUCUACGUCGUUUAAGUUUUGUAUAUAUUGUACUUAAAUUAGCUUAUAAGAUUUCGUAACAGAUUAUCACGUAUGGACACGUAGCUUACGUCACACUUUAAGUGUACAUAAAUCGUUUAUCUUUUAAUAUUGACGUUGUUUCUUUUCAUUAAUCCUUUAACUCCUGUGUAUGAAUAUUCUUGCCCAAAUGACGGUGGCUGUUGAAUAUCAGAUCAGUCCAUCUGUUUGGAUUUAUAAAUAACUAUUUCUAUUUUCAUUCGAAUAAAUUUAUAUCCAGCUCUGUCACGAAUACUGAUAUGCCACGUAAAAUGAGGGUCACUUGAAUGAAACUGAUGUAGGACCAGCUGCCCUUUCUUAACAUAUAACGAUAACGGCGUCAAAAAUUCAUUAGUAGACUAAGGGUGUCCAUGAAAAUUUAUAUUAUUAAAGAUGCAAAUAAAGAAUUUAAAUUAAAAUAAAAAUAUUUUUCAUCUUCUAAACAGCGUAACGGUAUUUUAUAGUUUUGCAUUUGUGCAUUUCCUCAGACAUUUUCUCGUAUUUUCACUUGCUAUAAAUGAAUAAACAUUCGCAAUCUAAUGAUUAGUAAUUAAUAAAUUAAAGAAACGUCCUAACUUUGCUUGUUAUAGGAUUUACUUGCAUUAUCUGUAAUUGUGUACACUUGUAUGAUGGUGAUCAUCUAUUUUGUUAAUAACAAGUGCACGGAUAAUAAGUUUCAAAUAAAAUUAAGAACACUUCAGGAAAGUCACUCCAUUUAAAAAAAAAAUUCGUAUUCUAUGCUUGUGAAUAGUUAAAUUAGAAAGGAAUAAAUAAGUUGGUGUCCUUUUUGCAUGAUCCACAAUCGUUUUACCACAAGCUAAAACUUGAUUAAUUUCAUAGUAGAUAUACUACUGUCGUUAGUGUAGUAACUAAUUACCGUCACUUUUUAUUUUUGUUACAAUCGAAAUUUACCCUGAUCCAACACAAUUGCGCUUUUGCAAUUACACAUGCUUCUGUCGUGCUUCCUUGUCGAAUCGCACAGCUCUACGUCUUACGCCGACAAAAAUAGCCUGCGUGGAAAUAGACGAACAUAGUUUUUGGGGAGCCGUAGAUGAUGCCAGUAGCUUCGGGUGUCGUCGACCGGCAACGUAUCAUUCAGAUGCAAGCUCGAUCGAACAAUUCCACUAACGAUAGAGCAGCUUUCUUAAAAAACAAAAUUCUGCUAAUUCGAUAAAAAACAAAAGGAUUCUCUUCGCUAAAGAAAAGGGAGAACAAAAAAAAACAAUCAAUAGCUUUUACUGACGCGUUAAUAAUGUGUUCGAGUGGUUGAUACGACCAUAAACAACAAAUUAAAACAAAAACAUUGUUUCAGCUUCUGUAUACAUACGUACGUAACUGUGAUAGUAUGUAAAGUUACUUUCUAUAAGAGCAUUCACGGUGAAUUAAUUUAAACUUUAUUCUGCAUUUUUGCACCGUUGUAAAAAAAGAAAAAGCGUCGAAAUUCUUCUGUACUCAAAGGCGACCGAACAAUAGGAGAUAAAUUCGUAAAUAGUUUUACGAAUGGCAAUAGAGAAACGAUAAAGGCGUUGUAAUUAAAAGCAUUGCUUGCGGUGUAUAAAGUAUAUCGUAGAAAUUCUGUACGAAUAAAGGUUAUCAAAAAACGAGGAAAAAAUGUUGAGGAGCGAUUCAGACAGCGAGAUCAGUAGUAGUUAUUUCAGUGCGAACCUGUUUGAGUUGCAAAAUGCAAUCAGUCCGCAGGAUUCAAAGCGAUUCGGUUCCUUGGACAGUAACGCGGAGAGGAUCGAUUUCGUACUGAGCUACCCUCAAGCCCACAGUCUGCCCUUGGACGAAGACAAUCAGAUGCUGAAGAGCAGCGAGAAAGCUCUCCAACUAAAGGACGUAGGCAACAAGUACUUUGGUCGGGGUGAAUUUCGAAUGGCCCUAGAACUGUACUCGAAUGCUGUUCUACUCGCACCUCGACAAGAGUUGGGUGUUAUAUUGGCCAAUCGCUCGGCGACGCUUUAUUAUCUGGAACGUUACAAUUACGCUCUGACAGACGCUGCGGAAGCCAUACGAGUUGGCUAUCCACGGGAAUUGUUGUACAAAAUUGAAGAAAGACGUGCUAAAUGCUUACUCGGUUUGAAAAGGCACGCAGAGGCAGUGCAAGCGUUUAGGAGCGCUUUGAAAGCUCUGGACUAUACAAAGUUUUCGUUAGAGAAGAAACAGAAGAUAGAAUCGGACAUCAGAGUCAUGCUUGCAGUGAUGGAAAAGGGUAACGAGAUUGCGCAGAAAGAAUCGAAGGGAGCACAAGAGACGCAGAAGAGUAGCGAACCGAAGAAGACUAGCGGAUCGACUCUCGAAAUGAAGGAUUACAACCCUUUGUACCCUUCGUGUAGUAAAGCUGUUGAAAUUAGAGAUGACGGUGGCGAUAUAGGAAGACACGCUGUUGCGACUAAAAAUAUUGAACCUGGUGAAAUACUUGUUGUAGAAAAACCGCAUUGCGCAUUCUUAUUGGCCGAAUACAGACUCACACAUUGUCACUCUUGCUUGUCGAGGAUAUUUGUGCCAACACCAGCUGCUUGCAAUACAUGCAGUUGCGUAGCUUACUGCAGUAUACCUUGCAGAGAUGCGGAUGCAACGGUGCAUCGAAACGAAUGCACGUUACUACCCACGUUGUGGAAUUCGAAAACUUCCAUAACGUGUUUUUUAGCCUUAAGAUCGGUUACGCAACGACCGUUCGAGGAACUGUUUGCGCUGAAAGAUAAACUGAAAGCUUCCAAGGGUAGAUUCGAAGUCACGGCAGAGCGACCUCAUAGAAGCGAUGACUUUGAGGCCUACUACGGAUUAAUAACUCAUGUAGACGAAAGAACGACAAAAGAUCUUCUCCAUAGGACCUACAUAGCCAGUUGGUUAUUGAGACUUUUAAAAAAGGGCCCGUACUUUCCUGAAAGCGUUAAAACUCCAGACACAGCGGAAGUGAAAGCCUCCGAAGGUGAAUUAUUUAUUGGAGGUUUAAUUUUACAAAGCUUGAUGUUGCUACAAUUCAAUUCUCAUGAGAUAUCAGAAUUGACAAUACCAAAAGGCAAAAAAACUUUGGCAAACGCUAAAAGCAUUUUUAUUGGUGGUGGAUUAUAUCCGACAGUGUCGCUAUUUAAUCAUUCAUGCAAUCCUGGUAUCAUCAGAUACUACGUCGGUACUACUAUGGUUGUAAGAGCUAUUCGCUCAAUCGCAAAGGGAAAAGAAAUCUCUGAAAAUUAUGGUCCAAUUUUUACAAUAGCUCCUGAAUCUGAACGGAAGAGGACCCUGAGGUUGCAGUAUUGGUUCGACUGUCAAUGCGAAGCAUGCACAGGACACUGGCCUUUGUUAGAAGAAAUCGAUCCAUUGAUUCUAAGAUUUAAAUGUGAAACUGGGCCGGAAUGUGGUAACGUUCUACCAGUGAGAACGGAUACGAACGAAUUCAUGAUCAGGUGCCCCAAAUGUGGCAACAACACCAACAUUUUAAAAGGCUUGAAGGCCUUACAAGAUACGGAUGCACUUUACAAAACUGCCGCGAGAAACUUGGAAAAAGGAAAAAACGCGGAAGCAUUAAUAUCUUAUUUAGAAAUUUUGAAGCUUUUGGACGAAACCCUAGCUCUGCCUAUAAGAGAUUAUCAUCAUUGUCAGCAAGGUGUUCGAUUAUGUAUGCUUACUUUAGGCAAUUGCGCUUAUAUUUAAAGAUAUUAUAUAAAGAGUUCACUUACUUACUGCAUUGGCAGUAUCGAUGAAUCGAAAAAACAUUUAACCGUUAAGUGAGAAUUAAUUUUUAACUUCUGUAGCGUAAAAUGUUUUCUUU